ACCAUGUCACUGUCAGCAUUAUGAAGUCGUCCCCGUUGCUCUUGGCUGCUCUUCUCGUAGGCGUUCACGGAAAGAUGCAGAAUAUUACUGUUAAAGGUUUUACUGUUUGCCGCGAAGAAGUUAUGCCUGGCGUCCAGGUGGAGCUAUGGCAGAGACACCUCUGCUUCCCUGACCGACUUCUUGACACAAUGGUAACGUCCAAAAACGGCAGAUUUAUUGUGAAAGGAAGAGAAGAUGAUUCCUUGCACUACCAGACAUUUUUGAAAUUCACUCACACUUGCAAUGUGGCAUGGGUGUGCAGACGAGUCACUGAGUUGGGAAUCCCAGAAUCGGAAAUCGGCACCGUUUACGAUUUGUCAGCGGUGGUAUUGACUGGAAUGUCUGAGGUGGACAGGCUGCAGUGCUUUGAAAUGACAACGUCUAGACAUUGUAGAGAGUUGUAGAUUUCUGUUCUAUGGUUUGAAACUCGUCGAAGCACAUCAAUAGGCAUUAUGAUUACUGUUACCAUAUUCAAGCACAUGUAAGAUAUUUUUCACAUGAAAUAAAGCAAAAUCUAUG